GGGAGAUACCUAACAUAAUGGAUGGAACGGCGUUGGAUUUUUUUUUUCUUUACUUCUUUUUCGGUACUUGUUCGUUUGGGUUAUUAAUAACAACCCUUUUACUGCUACUGCUGGUGCCGCUACCCACCCCUACUGCUGCUACUGCUGCUGUUGUUGUGGUCGUUGCGCUCUCCCUCUCUGAUAUCUUUCAUAUUUUCGGUUCUUCAUUCGUAUGAUUACGACGUGAAACGACGGUUCUAUUCUGGAGUUGAGGGAGAGGGAGGGGAACCUGUUUACUACUUACUACCUAACUAACGUACUAGGUAGUUGGUUUGUUUGUUUUUACGUACGUACGGAUAAUGGAAGAUACCACCUCUAAUCACAUCAUCACCGUCACCUUCUCUCUGGUAUAAUUUCUUUUAUAUGGUUUACAUACCUCUCGGUAUGCUUACUUGCUUGUUUUUCUUUUCCUCCUAGUUUCUUGGAGUGUUUGCAUACAUUAGGUAGUUGGCGAUAGAGAUAGGUUUACCUCGCGGAAUCACUACUCACCGUAGGUACCAUCUAAGUACCUAACCUACCUAGAUCUACGGAGAGUAUAUCUCUGUAGUCACCUACAUAAGAUAGGUAGUUUAAUAUUGAUUGAUGCCUUGCUUGUUUGGCUUACAGACAAAGUAUAGUAGACUUUGCGUUUGGCUUAACAACUGUACUAUACUAUG